AUGCGUUCCACGCAUCAGAAGCUGCUCUUCCAUGCACUUGAGGUCUGGGACAAAGACCACUGGUCGGCGGCGUCCUCAACCUCUCUCGGGCUUGCCAUUAAUAUGGGGCAUGAUGGGGAUAUAUGCCCUUGUGCAAAGUUGCCCUCAUGGCACACUAACAACAACGACGCCGACGAUUGGAUGGAUGUAGACGACGCCGACAAUGGUGAAGAUAUCCACGCCGACAACACCACAAAGAAGACCCUUGCACAAGAAAUCAUGGACUACCGCCGAGGGACACCGCUCCAACUGUACGCCGACGACACCACAGAGCGACGCCGACCACAAGUAGCACACAUAACUGUGAUAGAUGUAUCUGGCGUCUACGAACUACCCAUCAACUGGUGUCAAUGCGAGCCCAUGGCCGCCCAUCACAAGCAACUCCUUGACAUGAGGUUAUAUCCCGGUUCUCAAAAGGCACCUAGGACGGCAUUCACAUUUGAUGUUCUUAACGACUUUAUGGUGGCAAACUUGGAGACGAAGGUCGCUCCCAAUGCAUACUGGAGGCGUCUGAUGCGAGUCACAAACACUAUCCAUCCGGAUGUAAUCCCAGAUCGGUACCGUGAACUGACGCGGUGUGCACGCCAGUGGCUAAGGCUGACAACGCGGCAACAACAUGGACAUGGCUAUGGUCUGCAUGAUGAGGAAACAGCGGUAGGAUCACUGGCACCCUUCUGCAUGGCAUGCCCGCAGCCAGGCAAGAACCUGCCUGAGGAUUGGAAGAAUACUGGACCAAAGUGGAUGCAUUAUCAGCAUCUUGUGCUUGAUGGGAAUUUCAAGCAGCAAAACCUUCACAUGCGGCGUCCAGAAAACGACGUAGGGUUUGCCGACGGUCUGGCAUACACCGUCAACAAGGAGAAGUACGAGGCGCACUUGGCUAGUACAGAGAAUAACUAUGCGAGGUCAACUUGCAAUAAUCACCGAGCGGUACAAUCCAAGCGGCAUACCAACCACCUACAGUCGACUGGCAUUGUCUCUGUAGCCUGUGCCAGGCAUGGUGGGUUUGUCCCCAAUGCGACCGCCGACUUGAAGGCUGGAGAGAAGCAAGCAAAUUCUGACGCCGUCGCCUCAAAUGCGGGUUGGCAGUGGCCCCUACUUCUCGGCAUCAUUCUGUAUUAUGACAUCAUGUGUCAGUACAUCAUCAACUUCGCCAAGCGCAUGAAGAAAAGCAAACAUUUGUCCUGGCCAGAUGGGGUGGAGCUUAUCCCUGCAAUCGGUCUCUUCCACGUCCAUGGUCACAAGGACGAGUGCGUCGCUAAGUUCUCGCCUACGUUUAUUGAAGGUACUGGCCACGUCGACGGUGAAAUCCUUGAGACCCUCUGGGCGGCAUUGAAUGACAUUGCGGCAAGCACUUUGAAUAUGUCGACAUCCUGGCGGGUGGACGUUCUCAAUGCUCACAUGCGAUGGUCUAACCUUCGUAAAAUAAUGGAAAUCGUCAAGACGAUCAGCCUACGAUGGAAGAAAGCCUUGCAGCGCUAUGCCGACGCUCUCGAAGACUAUAACGAUUUCACUGCUGUCUGCCCGGAAGACAAGGUCCAAGAGUGGAAGGUUCUCAUUAAGAAAGCGUACGCCGCCCGCCACAAAAACCUGGAUGCAAACAAGCUCUUUGAGGUCAAGAUCGGCAAGCUUCCGAGUCGUGCGGCAUGCUCAGAAAAGAUCUCCAAGACACAUUCGCAGCGGAAGAACGGCGUCUCGAUGCAACCUGAAGGAGCUGCGAACACGAGUGCCCCGCCAUUGCAGACUCACGCCGCCAAAGACCCCAUGGCUGACAUUAUCCGCUGGAUGAACCUGGGAAUUGAUAUUGAAGAGUAUCAGCUGAGGAUCCAAACGUUUAUCCGUGAAAUGGGGCGGCGUGUUCAGCGUGGUGACCCAGCUAAGCUGGAGUCAGAUCGGCGUAACCUCCUCACAAUGAUCGACACAUUUUUAGAGGAUGCAUCUACCUAUAUGGGUGAUCUUGUGAUUGGCCAUGACAACUCCACUUCCAUCACUCUGGAUAUAGCUGGUGGCAAUAACACCGACGUAAUAUGGGACAGUGAGCUCCACGCCGACUCUGACAUGGCAAAAGAGUACCAGGAGGAGCAGAGUGACGCCGCUCAAAUACAACCGGAGCGGCGUACAAUCGGGCUACCGUCUGCCUUUGGUCGCAACGAAUGCAAGAUGCAGGGCCUGGGACCCCUCAUCACCAUCGAGAUGGAGCUUCGCAAAGGCCAGGCCCACGACGCCAUCCAGAAGCUUCGAGAGUAUAUCGGGAAGAAAUCCUCCAACAGUUCGCACGGUUGCAUUGGCUCAGAGCUCGAUGCCGACUUGAUCGAUGCCGCGAAGAGUUGA